AUGUUCAUUGAAACAGUACAGAAGGAAAGACUGCAGAUUUCUCCGUGCCAAAAGGACAUAGGCAGCGCGAUUCUAGCCAAGCUGCAGUGGCAGGUUCCAGGGAAACAGCUGGAGGGAACUGGCGUCAGUCUUUUUCCGCUGUGUGUGGAGGCUAUUGACGAUGUAGAAAUACACGAAGGAGUGCUGUAUCCGUUAGUAACGUACAGACUCAUCAUAUACCAGGCUUUUCCAGGGGAGGUCCUUACGUGCACUGUUGAAAAACAAGACGCCUCGGGCAUUCUUCUCAACCAUCCCCUUCUUCCUUCGGUUUUUGUUCCAGCUGCGCAGCUGCCUCCCUCCUCGGAGCUCACAGCUGUUUCUGGGCGCAUGGGAACAACUGUGGACAUAUGGGGGUGGAAGUACAACGAGUGCAUCUUAUACAUCCGCAUGGGCGAGGUGUGUAAAGUGGCAAUUGUCAGCACAGCAGGCUCCUCGAUAUAUGCAUCUAUGGAUGGCCCCGGGCUUGGGCCUAUCUCUUGGUGGUAA